GUGGCCGCCUAGAUACUGUGUACGGCUCUCCUGAUCAAGUCCUGGCCUACUUACACAAGCGACAUCGCGAGGCAAUGCAGAGAGAGGAAACUAGAGCUGGGCCAUGCAAGAUCGGUGUACGUUUUGACAGCUACUACAACGUCUUGGCAGUUCAAGCUUUACCAAGGCAAAUUGACGAUGUUUAUUGCGUACGAGGAACGUAUCUCACCGUCAGUUCAUCCUCAAAGGAUGAAAUAACUCCCGUCAUCCCUGUCAGCUCAUUUUUUCGGAGGAAAGGUUUUAGAGUCACCCGCUGGCACUUCCCAGACCUCUGCGAUGAGGACUUGGACUGGAUGAUCGGCAUCCUGCUCAAAUUCAGGGAUUCUUGCCUGCGUGUGGUCUUACCGAGAAAUGGCCUCACCGCUACGGGCGCUCGUCGGCUGUUCGAGGAGCUCCCCCAAAUCCGGGAGGUAUACCACGACCCUGGCGCGGCGCUCCUGACGUCAGCUGGCAGUGCACCUGAUCUCACCUUCAUCGAGUUGUCAACGAACAACAUCAUUCAAUGGCUGUAAAAUGCUGCGGCGUGACAGUAGGUAUGUCACGGCAGGAAUCUAACACGGUAUAUAUGAUGCAUUUGUUCAAUGUUUACCUUGAGUAUAGAAGGCUUGAAGGGAGGAAUAUUGAAGCAAGAAUCGCAGGGUCUUUCCUAACGGAAGGUACCAGGCAGAAAUGUGUUGAAUCAACGCGAGUUAUAGCAGUAUUUACUGAUGAUUUCGAGCGUGAAUUCCAUAUUUUUAGAUUUCUUGUUGAAAAAACGUAGGUUAGCAAUUUACUGUUUGUAAAAUUGUAUGAUUAUUUUAGAGAAUGGUAAAAAAAUUAAGAAAAGAAGCGCGUAAAAUGGUGAGAAAUUUACUUAAUUUACUUACGUGAGGUUUACUUUAGUAUAAAUGAGUCCCAUAAAAUACGCAUCAUACUUCGAAGUACCAAUAAUAUUUAUAAAAAAAACCUCCAAUAUUCAUGACAAUUGAUAAUAAUUGUGUAUUUCUUUAAAUAAACGUGUAUUUGUAAAUCUUAAAUAAACGUACCAUACGUAUAAAUACGUUUAUAAUAUAAAUAAACGUAUUAAAAACGUAUUUCUUAAAUAAACGAAAACACUGGAAAAACAAGGUUGAUGGAGGAUAAUCAACUAGGCUAUUGAACUAUUGGUAUUUCUCAAUAUAUGGCAUCUAUUUCUAUUUUCUUUUUAUUUGAAAUAAUAAAAAAAGACUUGAACUUCAAAGUGGAAGAAUUUUUUCACUAGCAUAGAUGCUCAAGACGAGUUUUUUAUGUAUAAAUAUGAUAUUACUUAGAUCCAUGUUUAUCUUUCGUUAUUUAACUUUGAAUGCAUAAUGAAGAACUUGUUAGUGUUCACAAUUUUUGAACCAACAUUAGUUGCCAAGUUUUCUCUAAAACUGUCACAAAUGGAAAAAAUACUUGUAAUAAGUAUAAUGAAUAUAUGAAAAAGUAAAUUAAUUGACUCGAAGGCUUACAAAACCCCCUAGAAUGUCAGUAUGCUAGACGUGACUUAUAAUGAAGUGAAUGGAAUCAAUACAAAAGUAAAAACAAAUAAUGAAGGUCUUUCAAACGAAAAUUUCAAUAUUUUUUAAUGCUAAAAAUUGUAUUCUACUUAUCGGGUUUUUUGUGCGGUUAGUGGACUGCAAAUUCACGGGCAAGAUAAUUCGAGACCUGACCUGCUCUUCAAGACAUUAUCACUGGCGGCCAUGCGGUGAUAUGCAGAGAAAUUGUAAAAGAAAUACUUUUCAAAAUCAUUUUAAUCAUACGGUUUAUUGAAUGUUACAGUGGCAGUCUAUUGUGUUUUAUAUUUUUUUCUGUAUAACGAUCACACAACAGUGGUUUACGAACAAGGAUUUGGUUGGUACAACAAUAUAUUGUUAUUCAAUUAUUACAGUAACUUGAGACGAAUUUUAACAGUGAUUGCAUUUUAUCCUGUUUAAGUGAUAUACCCUGGGAUCACCUGCCCAUUCGAAUGAGACUCCACGAGUGAUUAAAUUAAAAUAAUGAACGGAAUAAAUAUUCACGGUUAAGUUCAAUUAUUGAACACAUCACGUCUUUUUCUAUUCUAUUAACCAUGUCAGCGUUAGGACUCAAAAUCGCGUCGCAUCAAGGGUUUGUGAAGUGAAGAGUUUGUUGUCAUUGACUUGAAGCGCCAGUCGAGUCGUUCCCUCGAAAUCUUCGUAUCCUUGCUACCAAAAUACACGGUUGAUUUACACGCCAGGUUGACCAAAACUGAUUUUGAGGCAACCGUGCAUUAGAAUAGG